UUUUAUGCGAUUUCAUCGCUUUUGUACCUUUCUUUUCUAUAAUCAUAUCAGUAUUCUUUAUAAUGGUUGUUGUAAUGUUUUCCAGAACAGGAAGAAGAUCAUUGGAAUCGGUUCCUCCAGCUCAUUUGUACGUACUUCCUUUAAUAGUGGUAGCAGGUAUAAUGACUGUUUUGUCAGUAAUAUCCACCAACCUCCUUUUUAAUGGAUUGGAAGUCUUUUGUAAAUUUUUCGUACAUUUAACAGGAAAAACUGAAUGUUCUCCCUACAUGGAUUACUUCACAAAAGAACAGAGGAGAGGAUAUAGACAUCUUUAUUUCCAUAUACUAGCUUGUAAAAAAUCUUUCUUGGCAGCUGCUAUAUUUUGGAUAUGCCAAUUAAUUGUAGGACUGCUUAGAGUCCUCACUGCUGACGAUUACACUUUCACAACAGUUCUGAUAGAAUCUAAAAGUAAAUUGCAUGAAGAGGACGCCGAAGAAAUAUUUCUUAUGCAUUGGGAUUCAGUAGCCGCUCCUCAGUUAGCUGCCGUGGUAGAGAAAUUAAAAAAGGAAUAUGUUGAAAAUCAAUAAUCCAAAUAAAUAUAUCACCAACAAAUUGUUUUAUAUUUAUAUUAAGUGAAUUUUGGAAAAAUAAAACUAUAA